AGCAGAGAAUACACUUUUUCAUUUCCAUGAAUUGAAAUAAUUUGUGAAUAUGGACAUAAGUGUUGGAAAUCCAGAGAGGGAGAAAAUAAGACUCAAGGAGUUCCAACGUUUCAGGCGCAACCUGAAAUAUUGGGCGUAUGUUAGUGGAUCCUGGCCACUCCAGGAUCCUCAUUUCUUCUACCGAGCAUUACCCUUUUUAAUUUUUUUCUCCAACCUAUACAUAUGCAUUCAGGAAUUUCGAUUUGUUGUGGCUCAUAUCACAAAUAUUGGAUUAAUGACGGGAGGAUUCAGUAUGGGACUCAGCUUUUGUUCAGUACUUGUGAAGGUUGGAUUUUUUCGGUUACACAGAGUGAAAUUGAUCGAGUUGCAUGCGAUCCUCGAGGCCUUUCUAAAGGAAUCAUUGGCUGAUCACCAUCAGAGAUACCUUGUGCUGGAAAAAUUCGCCACCUUUCAACGUUUAAUGACGAUACUUUGCAUCUGUGUAUUAUUCGGCUGUGGUUUUUGCAUCGCCGGUCCAUUAAUUUUUUUUAUUGUACAAAUAAAAAAAAAAGUCAAGCCCCUGGAGUACAUACUGCCAUCACCUGCUACGUAUCCUUGGACCACGAGUGAUGGAGGAUUAAUCUACCUGUUGACAUUUAUAUAUGAAUCGUACAAUGUGGUAACUCUAGGUUUCGUAACUAUCGCAGUCGAUGGACUUUUUGAAUUCUACAUUUUUAGCAUUAUCGGACAGUUCAAAGUUCUGGGCUAUCGAAUUAGCAAUUUAACAGUUGAAGACAAUCCUCAUGAUGUUAUUCGUCAAUGGGUUAAGAGAUGUGUAAUGCUCAAAAGGUGCAGUCAUAUGUUGCAAACAACUUACGGACCGAUUAUUUUGUGGCAGGUGAUCAGUAACUCAAUGAUUAUCUGCAUGGUAUUAUUCCAAAUAAUGAGUAUGACGAGUGUCACCCUUGGAAGAUAUGCACUGACUUUCGGGUACACUGGAACGAAAAUAAUUCAAACUUACAUUUACAGUUGGGCUGGAUCUAGUCUGACAGCUGAGAGUGAAGCGUUGACACAAGCCGCUUACUCCUGCAAUUGGCAGAAAAAAGAAUAUCAACGAGUGAGAACGUCAAUUUUAAUAAUCUUGACGCAGAAACCUCUCAUCCUUGUCGCCGUCAGUUGUGUUUAUAUUUCAUUAGACAUGUUCCUCAUGACAUUGAACACAGCUCUGUCUUAUUUCUUCUUGCUGCAGACAUUUGACCAGAAAGCUUCAUACGAACUCACUUCACAAGUGAAUAGCCAACAGUCUAGAGUUAUGGGGCAGAAUCUCCUGACGAGUUACACGUCAUGCGCUAAAAAUGUUAAACAUAUAUCAAUAAUAAGUGGAAUAUGGCCCUCAGAGAAACCGAACAUAUUCUACAAAUCUCUUCCAUACUUCAUCAUAUCCGUGCUCCUCACCAUUUCCUGUGCUACCAUGAACUUCGCGUACGUCCACAUCCACAACAUAAAUAGUGUGAUGAAAAGCAUGAGCAUCUCCUUGAGCUAUCUGAAUGGCAUCAUGAAGGUGGUUUGUUAUCUAGUGUAUCGUCAAGAGCUAAAAGAGCUGAAUGACACGAUCACUGAACUUUUCAAAAGAUGCCAGGGUGAUGAUCAAUUGCUGCUCCACACAUUGUCAAGGUUCACUCUGUUCAAAGUACUGGCAAUCCUUCAUAUGUGUGCUGUAUUUAUCGUCCUGGGCAUAUACUGCAUUAUGCCAAUUAUCAUAAUAAUCAAAGAAUACAGCAAUGGAAUUGAACCGAUUCGAUAUUUCCUGCCCUAUCCUGCUGUCUACCCAUAUGAUGUUCCUGGUGGAAGUGGACUCUAUGUGCUUCAUUAUGCGAUUCAAGGAUUUGGAUGCUUCUUCCUUUUCUCGACUGCAACGAGCAUUGACAGUAUUUUUGCCAUCCACUCGUCACAAAUAAUCGGUCAACUCCGAGCCUUGAGCUAUGAGAUGAGGUGCUUCACGUUCAGGGAUGGUUAUGAAAAAUAUCUUCAGGAACUUGUGGAGAUUCACAGGAAGCUCAUACGUUGCUGCAAAUUACUGGAGGUGAUUCAUGGACCCAUUGUCCUGUCAAUGGUCGUAACGACUGCUAUCAUUCUGUGCUGCCUGAUCUUUCAAAUUAGUCAGAUGGCAACGAUUUCACUGAAGCAGAUAUCAUUUUUCACACUCUACAUGAGCGUGAAAUUGCUACAGACUUGGAUAUACGCAUUGGCGGGAACAAUAAUUACAACGGAGUGCGAUAAUUUUCGGAAUGACGUGUAUGGGACUCGAUGGGAAAAUUCGGGAAAAAAAUCUGCUGGAUAUCACGUUAGCAUCAUCCUCAUGCAGAGGUCUAUCUAUUUGAAGGCCUGCAAUUACACCCCCAUAUCUAUGAAUCUAUUCACCGGUGUUGUCCUUUUCAAAUUUCACAGUAAAAAAUUGUUUAAGGUCCACACAAUUCUUGUUAAUUUUCACGAAAAGUCCUUGAAUGACAAUAACUUGCGGCCUUUGGCCCUUGAAAAAUUGAGUGGCUUCCGAAUUCUAACGCAAAUUUUAUCCACAUGCGUCCUAUUCGGUUGUGUUUUUUGUAUCGUCGGUCCAUUACUUUUCUGCCUCUCUCAAAUUCGACAGAAAGUCAAAACCCUGACGUAUAUACUUCCAACACCUGCUGCCUACCCCUGGCACACCCGUGACGGAGGAUAUCUCUACGCAUUGACAUACAUAUACGAAGCAUAUAAUGUGAUAGCAAUAGUCGGUCAACUUCGAGUUCUCGAUUAUCAAAUGAGAAAUUUAAAACUAUCCGACAGUCCCAUGGAAGUGGUGCGUGAAUGGGUGGAGAAGUUCCUAGUGCUGAGGAGGUGCUGCAAAGUGCUGCAAAGAAUGUAUGGACCGGUGUCUGGCAUCUCUAUAGGAAGAUAUCUCCUGAUAUUCGGCUACAGUGGAACAAAAAUAAUGCAGACUUAUCUGUACAGUUGGGCUGGAUCUACUCUAACUGUCGAGAGUGAAGCGGUGACGAAAUCGGUUUACUCCUGCAAUUGGGAGAGAAGCAACUCUCAACGUUUGAGAACAUCAAUUUUAAUUAUCCUGACUCAAAAGCCUCUUGUCAUCGUCGCUGCUGGCUGCGUCUACAUUUCCCUAGACAUGUUCCUGAUGACAUUGAACACAGCAGUCUCCUAUUUUUUCUUACUCCAAACAUUUGAAGAGAAAGCGUCAUAA